AUGCGUUGGGGCUCAAAGUCAUCCAAGCGUUCCAACGCCAACUCAACUGGUGACUCGGUCAACCCAUAUGCCGGGUUUAAGCCUGACCAUCCUGUCCAUCCUUCUCAUGAGUCGAAGCAGCAAUAUAUUGCCGACUCAAAGGAUUGGUCCCAGCUUCCUGAGGGACCCGAUCUAGAAGCGUACUCUCGGUUCAAGCACCAUGAAGCAAAGUUCAAUGAGAGGCAGAAUACCUACUUGGCACGCGGAAAUGUCGAUCAUAGAACCAAGAACAAUCUCUUCAACCGCGUCGAGCACUCUAACAGAGCGCAGUGGCACGCAGCAGAGCAAUACAAUAAGAGUUACUACGGUGCAGAGGUCCCCAUCAGCACUAGAAAUGAAAUAACAGGCAGGAUGGCCAAUUAUGUAUCUGAUAGUCGUUUGCCUGCCGAAACUAUUCGGGAUGUCAGAGACUAUACUGACUACCCGCGCCCCAUCAGUAAUCUUCCUGCACAGGCCUAUAAACCUUUGUUCGAGAGAGAUAGCACUAGACAUUGA